AUGUUUGACUCUACCACUGAAGAGUCGAACUAUGUAAAGGAAACAGAAGCUGUGCUCAAAAACGUUCUCAAAAUCGAUGCUUCCAAGGACAAGAAAUCGAUAUCGGCCACCAUGUCCGAGAUGAAACUGACGCCAUCUGAAGACAAAAAGAAGAAAGGCAAAGGUGCUGAUAUGCUCGAAAUGUUGGACGAAGCCGCCGCACGACCAGCAACGGGAACAUCACGAUCUCGCUCAAAAACUCGUACAGAUCCUUCGUCAAAACCGCGGACACCAAGCGGAAAGCGACCACCAUCAGCGAAGAAGAGCACCAAAUGA